AUGAGAGAGGGAGGGAGAGAGAGAAUGACACAGAGAGAGUGAGAGAGGAGUUCACUCGUGAAAAGUGGACAGACCAGCUCUACCUGUAUCUACAUAACUUAAGAAGGUGUGACAGAGAGAGAGAGAGAGAGAGAGAGAGAGAGAGAGAGAGACAGGGAGAGAGAAUCUGGGGGAGUUUUUCAUUUCUCUGGACCGCCUGAGUGGACAGGUACACUUACAAGGACGUGGGAAGCGGAGCGAGGUUGUCUCAGACGGGCAGUAUGGAUUAUCAGGACAUUCCCAGCCACCCCAGAGCACAAGCACCGUUCUCUCCCCCACCGUACGUUACAGCGAAUGGAGUGCCGAAUGGGGAGUCUGAUAAGGCGUUCUUGAAGGCGCAGCAGGAGGUGGACUUGCUGAAUCACUGCUUUGGGGACAUAGAGGUGUUUAUGGGGAAGUUACAGCAGAUAGCUGAAGCUCAGAGCAUUCUGGAGCAGAGAAACAAGAAGAAGAAGAAAAGUCGCAAGAAAAGCACAGAAGAUGAUCUCCUCAGUGCCAAAGCUAAAGCUCCACCUGAGACAGAGUUCAUCCAAAUAUUCCAGAAAUUCAAAUACUCCUUUAGUCUGUUGGCGAGGUUAAAAUCAGCCAUUUCUAACCCCACAUCAGAGGAGCUGGUACAUCACGUCUUCAAACCACUGGACAUGAUUGUCAAAGCUACAGGAAACCCAGCGUUAGCAGCGUCAGUUAGCAGUCCAGCACUAACAUCUGGAGCAGUGGAUCUUCUGAAAAACAACCUCAACCUGCAGGAAAACACACUCUGGAACUCAUUAGGACCAUACUGGACAUAUCCACGGUCAGCAUUACGUGGUCCAGUGGCUCCAUACUUCCCUCUAUUUCUGGAUGGAUGGAAACCUCCGGGGUCAGAAGUGGAGGGCUGGGUCGACCCGGUCGAAUCACAACAUGCGAAGGACAUCGAGAGGGAAAAACAGGAGCCUCCAGCACCCACUGUUCCUGCGGAUGAAACUGACAGUGGCGUCCCACUCAAGGAGAGGCUGUACCGCUGCAGUUAUGAUUUUGUGGCUCGUAACAGCAGUGAGCUGUCAGUACUGCAUGGAGAGACACUUGAGGUGGUUGAGUCGUCUAAGCGAUGGUGGAAAUGUCGCAACAGGUUUAAUGAGGUCGGUUUCGUGCCGUUUAACAUUCUGGAGCCGGUGUCGCACAUAGAGAGUCCAGUCAACAACAAACCACCGAAGGCUCCAGCCCCUCCUCCUUUACUGAAGACAACAUCCUUGGCUCCACCCAGCCCCCGAGCCGGGACCCCUGAAGCCAGAGUACUACCCCCACAACACCUGCCUGAGGACACAGAGAAAGUGAUGCAGGUGAAUGAUGAGCUGUUGAGGAGACUGACCAAUGGCAAAGCUGCGUUGUCUAAGCCACUGGUCAUCCAUCGUUCGGCUGAUACCUCUGUCCCACUGGAUUAUCGCUCACCUCCGGCUGAAGUUGAAGCUUGGCUUCGUGGGAAAGGAUUUAGCGAACCGACAGUGCAGUGUCUCAGAGUGCUCACUGGAGCUCAGCUGUUCUCUCUGAAUAAGGAGGAGCUGCGCGCUGUUAUUCCUGAAGAGGGCGCCAGAGUCUACAGUCAGCUCACUGUACAGAAAGCCCUGCUGGAGGAUGUGAAGAAGGCCUCAGAGUUGGAGGCUGUGAUGGAGAAACAGAAGAUGAAGGUUGAUUUGAAGGCGGAGAGCGGAACACUCUGACACUCUAACACUGACACGCUAACUCAAAGGCCCAGUCCCAUUUCUGAUUUUCACCCCUUGUUUUCGAGUGUUGCCCCUUGUUCCUGAGCUACAGGGCAGUGGUUGAGAUCUUCCUCUGAAAUGAGCCCCUCUAAUAAAA